UAAAAUUUCGACAGGAUCCGGACUAAAAAAUGCCGUCACCGAGUGGAAAUAAAGAGCCCGACGACAGUCAGACAUGGGAGUUAGCGGAGAGGUGUCUGCUACCCAUAGCAUUUUCACACGCAGUUGCGGUCAUCCUGGCGACUAUACUGAAUACCUUCGGGAUCUCACAAACGUCUAGUUUCGUUCUUUUCAUACUGCUCUUGGUCAUAUCGAUAGGAUCCACAUUGUUCUAUCACAAUCUGAAGGUUACUGUAGCGGGGAAGGCAAUACUAAUCACAGGUUGCGACUCGCGAGUUGGAUACGCUCUGGCUAAACAGCUGGACGACUUGGGCUUCACCGUGUUCGCUGGAUUCUGUAAUAAAGCCGAGAAUGAGGAACUCAUGCAGAAACUGAAAGAUGACGCUUCGGGGAGAUUGCACGUGCUGCAGCUGGACGUCACGAGCGAACGUGAUAUACACUCUACCUUCCUUUACGUCAACGAGAACUUGCCCGACGGAGCUCCCGGACUAUGGGCACUGGUGCAUGCUGCUGCUUGGGUAACUCUCGGAGAAUGCGAGUGGGUUCCCCCGUCUGUUCUCAAGCGAAGCAUAGACAUCAACUUCAUCGGCCUGGCGCGUUUAACUCAGGUGUUUCUACCCUUGGUGAGGAGAUCAAAAGGUCGAAUUGUUCUAGUCAGCAGCCUCUUGGCGCGGAUACCCAGUGCCGUACGAGGCAUUUACUGUGCACUCAAGGCUGCUGUGGAGGCCUGGGGAUCGUGCUUAAGACUGGAAAUGAGAAGAUGGGGCGUGGACGUAGUGAUCGUGGAAACUGGAGAAUACAUAUCUGGCAACGCAUGGCUGAAAGACAACACGGCAUUGCUGGAGCAAGCCAGAGACAUGUGGACGCAAUUAGAUCCUCAGACUCGCAAGGAAUAUGGCCAAGAACUGUUUCAAGCAGAAAUGUUAGCCCUGGAGAAAUACACCCAAGGACCUGAGGCAGAUUUGACCGCUGUUACGAGAACUCUCACAGAUGCAGUGGUGAAGACUUUCCCAAUGCGACGAUACACACCCGUGUCGCGCAGUGAAAGAAUGCAAGCAAUGUGCAAUCAUUACUUGCCCAGACCGAUUUACGACAUAUUAUACACGAAUUAAAUGUACAUCUUAUACCACACGCUGAUGUGUCGUCAAUGCUCAGAACACAAUUAGAAAUAAUUAUAUAAAGAUACGACCUUUUUUGAACAGAUAAUAGAUUAUAUAUAUAUAUAUAUAUAUAUAUAUAUAUAUAUAUAUAUAUAUAUAUAUAUAUGUAUAAGAGAAAGGUUUGUGUGAAACAAGGAAGUAACAGAAGAGCUUUCUUUUCUAGCAGGUCGUGCAACGACUUGAAACACUGCCUAUGUAAAACAACUGCGAACAGACACUGUGUCAAUAUGAAUAAAGUUACUCUACCAAA